AUGAGGGCCCAGCGCAGCCGCCGUGCGGCUGCUGCAGCACUACUGGCUGCCUUUUGUGUUGUUUACAGCAGCAGCGUUUUUGUUGUUUGUUUCUCCUUCAAAGAUCUGUUUCCAGGUGCGCAGAGAGAGCAGCAGACGCUGCCUACAGCAGCAGCUGCAGCACCAGCAGCAACAACAGCAACGGGGGAUGUUGCUGCUGCUGCUCUCUUUGGUGGGGGCUUCUUCGGCGACUCUCCCGCCCACAAGGCAGAGUCUGAAGGGACAGACGAAGCCUCCAGCAGCAGCAGCAGCAGCAGCAGCAAGGGCUUUACUUCUAAAGUGGCGCGCUUGCUGCAGCAAUCUGUUACUGCAGCAACCAGUGUAACCUCGGACGCUGCAGAAGCAGCACAGGAUGCAGCAGCAGCAGCAGCAGAAGCAGCAAAAGAUACAGCAACAUCAACAGGAGAAGGCGUAGAGAGAGCUGCUAAAGACGCGUGGAGUUGGCUGGGAGGGGAGGGCCCCCAGCGAGCAGCAGAAGCAGCUCGUCAUGCAACAGAGGAAGCAGCAGCAGCAGCAGCAGAAGCAGCAGCAGGAGCAGCAAAGGAGGCUCAGGAUGGCUUGUUUGCAUUAGGUGCGAUGCUGCAGGAAGCAGCACCCGGUGCUGCGGACGCAGCGCUCCAAGCAGCUAGGCAGACAACAGCAGCAGCAACAGCAGCAGCAGGAGCAGCUGCACGAGAUCUCUCUCUUAAAGCUAAAGAUGCGCAGUCAGCUUUUGCUUCUUGGGCAGCAGAUGUGAGAGAAGCAAUGCAGCAGAGUUCAAGCGAGACGCUGCUGCAGUCUGCAUCUGAAGCAGCAGAAAGAACAGCAGCAGCAGCAGAAGCCGCCCGACGCGCAGCAGCAGAUGCAGCAACAAAGGCAGCAGCAGCAGCGAAGCAAGCUCAGCGCACUCUAUCUGUACUAGGGAGACGAGUGGAAGCAGGGUCUUCUGAAGCAGCAGCGGCAGCAGCAAAUGCAGCAAAGGAGACUGCACAUAAGGCAGAAGAAGCAGCAAGAGCAGUAGAGCUAGCAGCAGCAGAUGCGAGAGCAGCAUUAAGCUCUUGGGGCUCUAUUGUAAGUAGCUGGGUUCAUACAGGGUCUCGUGGGGUGCGUGAAGCAGCAGCAGGUGCAGCAGCAGCAGCAAAACGAGCCAGCAGCACAAUGGAAGGCUUAGCAGACACUGCAGCAGCAGCAGCAAGCACCCUUGAUACAGCAGCAGAGAUGGUUUCACAGGGAACAGAGAUAGCAGAAGAUAAAACAGAUAAAGUAAUAGCAGCACUGAGCACAGACAUCUCUAAGCCCCUCCUUGCUACUGCAGUACGCUGGCCCUGGACGGCGACGGAGCAGCAGCAGCAGCAGCAGCAGCAGCAGCAGGGGGAGGAGUGUGACUGCUCUUCCGACGAGUCAAAGGAUGCAUGCGCAUGCAACAGCAGCAGGAGCAGCAGCAAUACACACAAAGAAUCCGUUCUAGAGGCAGCAAAGCGCCUUGUGGGGCUUGGAGCUGCAGCAGCCGACGCAGCAGAGGGGCCUGCUGCUUCUCCUGCUGCUGAUGCUGCUGCUGAUGCUGCCGCGGGUGCAGCAGCAACAGCAGCAGAGAAACUUAAAGCAAUUGUCUCCUCUUUGUCUCCUAGUCAAGCUGCAGCAGAUCUGAGGCCUAUAGACGGUGCAGCGUGGCUUGGGGGUCUCAGCUCUUCUUCUGCUGCUGCUGAUGCAGGUGUUGCUGCAGCGCAGCGUGAAGAGGAGACAGCAGCAGACGCUGCAGCAGCAGCAGAAGAGACAGAGAUAAAAGAAGCACUGCCACCUAUGUAUAAGGAAGGCCCUCCCCUUGACUGCGAGCCCUUGAUCCUCUUUAGAGACUGUCUCCGUCGCUGCGAUGGUGAGGAAGCUGCUGCUGCUGCUACUGCUGCUGACGGCGACCAGAAGAAGCAGCAGCAGAAGCAGCCCCACGGGCUGAGCUCUUAUGAAUACAGCAACAAACGCUCCUGCUAUGCUGCAUGCAAAUCUGCUUGGCUUGACAGCACACUUCCCGGGUGUAUAGACAGCUCAGGUAAAGUAGUAGGGGGGACCCCUCCUGCUGCUAAGUUAAGAUCUGCUAAAACAACAACAACAACAGCAGCAACAACAACGGCAGCAACAACAACAACAACAACAGCAGCAACAACAACAACAGCAGCAGCAACGACAGCUGCUGCUGCUGCUGAUGGUGAUGGUGAUGAUGCUGCUGCUCGCAGCGCUGCUGGCUCUUCUUGGGGGGCUUUCUUUAAACGCAUGCAGAAGAAAGACGAAGCAGCAGCUGAAGAAGAAGAGAAAAAUAAAACAGAGCCAAGAGCAGACAGCAGCCUCCUCUCUUUGUUUUCAUUUAGUCAAAAGGACAGCACCACAACAACAACAGCAGCACCGGAGAGCAGCGGCUUCUUCUCGUUCUUUAGGGGCACUUCUCCUGCUGCUGCAGCACAGACAGAGACAGAUGCUGCUGCUGCUGCAGCAGAAGAAAAAGAACAGCAGCAGCAGCAACAUGCAGAUGAACACAAACAAGGCUGGAUGAAAGGACUGCAGCAGCUGCUCAAGUUGGGGGGCCCCAGCAGCAGCACAAAGGAGACAGAGGAGACAGCAGCAGCAGCAGCAGCAGAAGGAGAAGCAGCAGCAGCAGCAACAGGAGACAACGCCAGCGAAGCUAAAGAGGAACUUGGGGGGCAGCCGCAGAGACAGACAAACAACCAGCAGCAGCAAUCUGCAGGGUAG